AUGGCUAUCCUUCAAGAAACACAUAUAGAGAACGAUGAUCAGCAAUACAGCAGAGAUAUACCAGCUACAAGGGGACAUAAAUUUGGAUAUGCAGAUGACCUUGCCCUAGCAGCGCAAGAUAAAAACUUGGAAGUUUUGGACUGUCUCCUCUCUGAGGACCUGAAGUCCCUGGGAAAAUUCUUUGCUGACUGGAGACUCAUACCCCGUGUCAGCAAAACAGUGUCCACCUAUUUCCAUCUCAACAACAAACUCACCAAUGCCAUCCUGAAGGCCUACCUGAAUAACAACUUACUCCCUUAUGAGGAGCUUAAAUCCAGGAAGCCCUCUCUGGCACUCGCUCAACAGCUGUCUAACAACUUUGACAUCAACAAACAGUGGAAAGCCAAAUGGGCUGCUGAAUGCCCAGAUAAAGGCAGUUACAUAGAAGACCCUACACAAAAGGUGACAGAAAACCCACUGAAAUUCCAUAGUAUUGAAAUACAGGUAGAAGACGUGAAUGAUAAUGCUCCUAACUUCACAAAAAAUACAUUUACUAUACAAAUAUCAGAACAUGCCCUGGUGAACACCCGAAUUCAGAUGGAGUCUGCUCAAGAUGCUGAUCUAGGAAAAAAUGGUAUCCAAAAUUACACACUCACUAAAAAUCCACAUUUCAUAGUAGAAGUACAGACUGAUGAACAUGAAAAGAAAAAUGUUGACCUUAUUCUGCAGAAACAACUAGACAGGGAGAAGAUGCCUUAUCUUCAAUUAACUCUGAUGGCCAUUGAUGGAGGAGUGCCACAAAAAACAGGCACUGUUCAAAUUAAUAUUGAUGUUCUAGAUAUAAAUGACCACUCUCCUCAAUUUUCUCAAUCUGAAUAUCAGGUAAGAAUAAAGGAAAAUCUUCAUAAGGGCACGCUGCUGAUUAAGGUGGAAGCGAGAGAUCCUGAUUUUGGUUCAAAUGCACAGAUCCUCUACUCAUUUCAUCGAGUGUCUGAAAAAAUAAAUAAUUUGUUCCUUUUAAAUGAAAGGACUGGAGAGAUCACUGUUAGGGGACAGAUUGAUUAUGAAAGGGAAAGCAGUCAUAUCAUAAACAUCAAAGCAAUGGACGGAGGAGGACUAUCGGGUCACUGCAAGAUACUAAUAGAGGUUGAAGAUGAGAAUGACAACCCCCCAGAAGUGUCCAUCAUAUCUCUGAUCAACGCUUUAAAGGAGGACUCUCCCCCAGACACAAUGGUGGCCCUCUUCAGUGUGAGAGACCAAGACUCUGGAGACAACAGCAAAAUGGUCUGCUCUGUGGAGAUGAAUCUCCCUUUUGUGCUGAAAGCCACCACAAACAACUUUUAUCAGCUUGUGCUCCAAAGUCCCCUAGAUAGAGAGAGAGCCUCUGAGUACAACAUCACCAUCAGUGCCAUUGACUGGGGAUCUCCUAGGCUCACUUCAACAAGACUGAUUAAUGUUCAGAUCUCUGAUGUCAAUGAUAACUCUCCCCUUUUUGAAAAGUCUUCAUAUGACAUGCAGAUCAGGGAGAAUAAUAUUCCAGGCUUCCUCAUUGGCUCAGUCCAUGCUCUGGAUCUGGACACAAAGCUGAAUGCUAAAGUGACUUACUCACUUUUCCUUGGGAAGAGCAAUUCCCCUGUGACCUCUUCCAUUUCUGUCAACUCUGAAACUGGAAACAUAUAUGCCCUCCGAUCCCUGGACUAUGAGCAAAUAAGAAGCUUCAGAGUUACUGUGAGGGCAUCUGAUAGUGGUUCUCCUUCUCUAAGCUCAGAAGUGAUUGUCCGAAUCCACAUCAUAGAUGAGAAUGACAACGCUCCCUUCUUCUUGUAUCCCCUCCAGAACAACACAUCCCCAUGCAAUGAGCUGCUUCCCAAGUCAGCCGAGGUCAGCUAUCUGGUCACCAAGGUGGUUGCAGUGGACGCAGAUUCUGGCCAAAACUCUUGGCUUUCCUAUGAAUUGCUGAAGGCCACAGACCCAGCCCUUUUCAGCAUAGGAGCACAGAAUGGGGAAGUGAAAAUCAGGAGAGCCCUGAAUGAGCGAGACACAAACAAGCAGAGGCUGGUGAUACUGGUCAGAGACAACGGUCUUCCUCCACAGACCAGCACAGCAUUGCUUAAUGUUCUUCUUGUGGAUGGCUUUUCGGAUCCCUUCCUAAGGAAUGUGGAUGUCAGUGUGCAACAACCGGAAGAAGAUAAAACCUUGACCAAGUAUUUGGUGAUCUGCUUGGCUGCAGUCUCCUCUGUGUUCCUUGUCUGUAUUGUUGUGUUUAUUGUGGUCAAAAUCCUCAAGAAGGACCCCCAAAGCCAAUUUCCUGCUACUCAUCCUCACUUCCCACCUGCCAGUGCUGAUACACAAGAGAACUGUGCUGAUCUACAGAAUGGGUCUCUUUCCAGGUCUUACCGUUAUGAUGUUUGUUUGACUGGUGGAUCCUUAAGUAGCGAGUUCCGAUUUCUCAGGCCCCUCUUUCCGGUCUUUUCAAUGGGAGAGCUAAACAACCCCCAGGGUCACAAAACAUCUUCUGAUUCCCAAGAUACUGCUCAGCAGAGUGCAGAUAGCCAAUUAAAGGAAGAGUUAACCAAGGAGAUUGUUAGGAUCCACAUGGGUGUAGAGGCAGUUUAG